AUGGGGUUUAAUGCCUCAUCGUCACCUGAGGAGGAGACCCCGGACAGGAUGUCGGUCGACCCAACGAGCGUCAGCCCCGUGCUGGACCACAACCUAAACCCGAUGGAUGAAGCAGAUCUGCCAGAUGUGGGAGCAAUCUCACUGAGUUCGCCUGAAUCCCUGUCCGCUGGAUUCGAUGGAUCAGGCGAGUGGGCCACCCCAAGAAAAAAGAAGAAGAAUGCAUCAGCCUCUGAUAUAGAUGAGUCGGAUGGACCAGAAGAGCCCGCGGAACCGGAGGAGAUUCCGCCCGACGUGGAAGACCCGGCAGCACACAUAUCAUACUUCUGUCUACCCAAGACCCUAUUCGUGGCUUUGUCCGUCUUCAGAGGAAGACCAAUGCCCAAAUCAAACGUGAGAAAGAACGAGAAAUUGUUCCGAAGUGCCAGCCGCGCUACAACACCAGCUUCUUCCGGGAACAUGCCGACCUAG